AACACAUGCACCUAUACAAAGAGAGGAAAAAAAUAUUUCUUUGGACUUCUUCUAAUGUUUUUACUCUAUCAUGAUGUCCUAGAGUUCUUAUUUCAAGAAUUGAUGAUAUUUCUUUUACCGCUGAUUCAAUAGCAUUGAUUAUGAAUUUCACGAUCAAGAACAUUAAAAAAAAGAGAGAAUUGUCUACUCGGACUAUUGUAUCAACAACGAGAGCAGUAACAACAGAUAGUUCGUAGAAUACAGAUCAAUAACACAAAGUCGAUCUCUUGCUUGUUGCUCCUCCAGCUCGUCUUUCCCCCCAAUGCCAAAAUCAUCAAGCAAGGAGAGCAGUAACAACAGAUAGUUCGUAGAACAUAACAAACAACUAGGUAUUUUUUUUUCACCUCCCUCCUAUUCAUCUGUCCUACUAAUAAUGCCAAAGCCCGUUUUAGGCCCGGAAAGACGCACCAACCCUUUAAUUUGGUGUGUUGCCCUACUUUGCACCUUCAUAACCCUAGCCGUGAUCGUCACCGGCAUCAUCGUCUUCAUCGGAUUCAUCAUUGUUAGGCCAAAAGUUCCACAAAUGAGUGUGAGAAGUGCAAAUAUAGACACUUUUGCCUAUGACAUGUCUAAUCUCCUAUCAAUCAAGGUGUCAAUUGUUGUCAAUGCUGAAAAUGAUAAUGUAAAAGCCCAUGCAACUUUCUAUGAUACACUUUAUACACUAUACUUUCAUGAUGUGAAAGUUGCAUAUUUAAGAGCUGACCCUUUUGAUGUACUCAAAAAUACUACAAUCCAAUUAUAUUAUCCUGUGGAGUCAACGUCGAUCGCGUUGACUCCACAGGAAGGAGCAAAUGCUGAGGUGGCAUUAAAUAAAAAACUAGUAGGUCUUGAUCUUAAAGGAAGUUCAAGGACUAGAUGGAGAUUAGGGUUAGUUGGUUCUGUUAAAUUCUGGUUACAUCUUAAUUGUAAGCUUAAGUUACCAUUAGAUGGAAGUACUAUUUACCCAAAAUGUAGCACAAAAUCUUAGAUAAUUCGUGUUUAAUCAAGUUUUAAGUUAUAUAUAUCGUCAGUCUAAUAUAAUUAAGUUAUAUAUACAUGGUUAAUAGUUAUUGUUUUCCUUUUUGUACACACUAGAAUUUCUUUAGAUUAAUGUAAUGAGAUUCAUGAUGAA